CCCAGCCAGUGGCAGAAGCUGAUGGGUGGAACAAACAGGGCAUGAAAAGACUAAUAUGACCAACGGAUCUUAGAAUUGUGGUACCCUUGUCUGGAUCUACAGGAAUGUAGACUUUAGCAGUUCUGCAGCUCUGCCAGCCUUUUUCCUGACACUGGAAUUGUUAUUCACAAAGUAGAAUCCUUCUGCUUUGUGAUAGGAAGGAUAGAAAAAGAACAUGGCCUGCAUUUUAAAGAGAAAAUCCAUUGUUGCAGUUAGUUUCAUAGCAGCGUUCCUCUUCCUGAUCAUCGUUCGUCUCACAAAUGAAGUGAACUUCCCUUUGAUAUUGAACUGCUUUGGACAAACAAGCGUCAGAUGGAUACCAUUUUCCUAUACCCAAAGACGGACUCUCAGAACCCACUAUGGAUAUAUAAAUGUGAAAACUCAAGAGCCUCUACAACUGGACUGUGACCUUUGUGCCAUUGUUUCAAACUCGGGUCAGAUGGCUGCCCAGAAAGUGGGAAUUGAGAUUGACCAGUCCUCCUGUAUAUGGAGAAUGAACAAUGCUCCUACCAAGGGCUAUGAGGAGGAUGUUGGGAAGAGGACAACAAUAAGAGUGGUCUCUCACACCAGUGUGCCCCUGUUGCUCAAGAAUCCGGAGUACUUUUUUAGGGAAGCCAACAGCACAAUCUAUGUCAUCUGGGGGCCUUUCCGGAACAUGAGGAAAGAUGGCAAUGGCAUUGUGUACAACAUGCUGAAGAAAACUGUUGACAGCUACCCCAGUGCCAAAAUCUAUGUGACGACAGAAAAGCGCAUGAGUUACUGUGAUGCUGUAUUUAAGGAGGAGACGGGAAAAGACCGAGUCCAGUCAGGUUCAUAUCUCAGCACUGGUUGGUUUACCUUAAUUCUGGCUAUGGAUGCCUGCUAUGGAAUUCACGUCUAUGGGAUGAUAAAUGACACCUACUGCAAGUCAGAAGGCUUUCGAAAAGUUCCUUACCAUUACUAUGAGCCAGGAAGAGAUGAAUGUGAUGAAUACUUUCUGCAUGAAAAUGCUCCCUAUGGAGGCCAUAGGUUUAUUACCGAAAAGAAAGUAUUUGCUAAGUGGGCCAAGAAGCACACAAUAAUAUUUACGCACCCCAACUGGACAGUGUCUUGAUGCUGGUUCCUUUAGUCCUCCUUUAGUAGCAUAAUAUUACAAAAUUGCCUCAGUUUACACUGAUUCUGCUUACAUCUGACUGGACUUUCUCAGACUACCUGCCGAAUAUAAAACUGAAAAAUAAGAUGAUGAUUCAGCUGUUAAGCAAAGUUUACCAGUCUGUGGAAGGCAGAUGAGUUUCUUGCUUUAUCUCUUAGGGCUUCACACCACAUAAUGCACUUUAUACUUCAACUGGAUUUUAAUUCAAGACAAUGGCAGUUUUAAGAUGACAGUGGUUUUGUGUUAUACAUGUUUAUGCACACAGAAUGGUGGCCCUUCAAUCUGGUCAAUUGCCUUAGAUAAUUAAAAUGAAUAUCUGCAGCCAGUGAUCCUCAAGGUUUGCAGUACUAACAGCAAUUUUCUAUAAGGAAAUGCAAGGAAAUAUAGGAGAUUCUGAGGUAACUAUGUCUAGUAAUCUUAUAUAUGACUAGAAAAAUUUUAAGGACCACCAAAGUGUGUGUGUGUGUGCACAUUGACAUGCACCUAAACAACCAAGGGUAUAUUAAAAUAAGAGAUGGGAUAAAUAUGGCUCCUGAUCUGUAGAACAUUCCCAUAUAAAAGGUUAUUCAUUGGGUAGAAGCCCAUGAGUAACUCAGGAACUCUGAAAACUGACUUACCUCUAUACUAGCUGGCCUGUAACUGUUUUGGACGAUGUUUCAAACGUUUGCAGGUUUUAAGGGAAACAUCUUUGUGUUAGCUAAUAUAAGUUCUCCUUCUGGGAUAUCAACCAUAGUUGUACCAGGGUUGCAAAAGAAGUGGCUUUACAAGCAGAAUAAUAACAUCUUGGAGAGAAUUUGUGGGCAGAACUUGACGUUAUAUCUAUUCUGCAGUCAAAAGACAUAAUUGCAGCUUGUGUGGCCAGACCCAAGUUAGUUUUAAACUGGAGCUCAUUGCAGACUUGCUGCCCAAGUAUUUACAUGCAUACCUGGGUGUUUUGUAACAUAUUCUGAAUCGUGGGCUGUUGUGGCUGUGCUGCUAGCAGUACUAGAGCAAAGUAUGUUAAAUACUCACUCACAUAUGUCUAAGUGAGGUGCCGUCAUACCAUGGAACGCAGUCUAGACCUACCCUUAUAGCGUGUUGUUCCUGACUUCUAACACCAGUUUGGACUGUUAACAGCCUGACAAUUUGUUUCACUUUUCUGCUUCAGUUUGUCCAUCUUUAAAAAUGGGUAUAGUAUUUAUCUACCACAGAAGGGCAUUGGGAGGUGUAACUAAUAUCCAUGAAAGACUUUGCAGAUAAAAAAAUGCAAUGUAAGCAUCUAUUCUUAUGGCAACACUGAUGGUACCCAGCAUCUUGUAUGUUGGAAACCUAAGGAGACUGACAGCCAUGUUAGGAUCCGAUCCUGCUGGGUGCAGGGCACUUCCUUUAAUUGGGUGUCAUUUUCAAUAAUGAGGUCCUCAAUGUGUGGUGACUUUAGCUGAAAUCGAGGAGUCAGCACCUCCCAGGUUUAUCCCAUCAGUCAAGCUACUCAAGAAUUAUCAUAUUUGUCCACCUCUACUUGAAACACUCUGAGUUUAUCAUCACUAAAAGAUUUCAGUUGCAGCAGAAUUAUUUUUAAUGUGAUGUAAAUCAACAAAAUAUGAGAGCUUUCUUAACUGUAUUUAAAUUAACGUGCAAGUCUCUUUACAUUUGGAAGAUUUCCUGGGAAUAUUUUAACUCCUGGAAUUUCAGCUUCAUCACUGUAAGAACCAAUACUGUGAAAACUUGAAAGACGUAUGUGUGGAACAGGCACACAGCUUUUACUCACACUGCUCAAACGUUAAAUAACAGGAACUUUGUAUGCUUUUGUAAAUCGUAAAAAGGGGAAAGUAAAAACCUAUUUUUACAUGCAAGUAUUUGUAUACUUCCUGUAUUUCCUAUUGUAUAUUUGUAUAUAUAAAUCUAUAUUUUAUAUGUCUACAGCAUACACGGUUUUUCUCAUCAGCAUCAAGUGCUACCCUU